GCUAACAAGGAAAUUAGAGUUUUUGGUUGGUACAACUAGCAGGCUGUAAAAUCACGAAAUCUACCUCCAAUAAAUAAUUUUGAAGUUUAUUUGUGAAAUAUGUUAAACAAUCGAAUGGAUUUACAUGAUGGCAAAAUGUCGCAAGUUUGGAGAAAAUGACGAGGUGACUUGCUUAACAACAGUGGCUUGGACAUUUGUGAUAUGAUAAUCACAAAAGACAAGUGUGUAAAAUGGACUGAAGUAAUUAGUUAGUUGCUAACUAUUGAGAUGUGCUACUAGCUGUACAUAUAAAAAAAUAUAUGACCAAUAAGCACUUUAAGUUGUCUUUGCCUACAAAUCACCAAUCUACAUGAACAUCAUGUACUAAGAAAUAAGUUGUUACUGUUUGCAUGCUCUGUUGUCACUUUAAAGUCAAUUCACCUCCACAUACAUUUGUUUUGCUAACCACACAUAAACAGAGCUGAUCAUGUCACUAGUAGAGCAGUCCCAAAAGUGGUUCCCGACUCAUGUCCAAGCCACUGUUCUUCAAGCAACUGACCUACAAGCUAAGAGUAAGAAUGGCACCAACGAUGCCUACACUAUCAUUCAGCUGGGAAAGGAGAAGUACUCGACAUCUGUGGCAGAGAAAACACUUAGCCCAGUGUGGAGAGAAGAAGCCUCCUUUGAGCUGCCAGGUCUGCUUCUGGAGGGCAACCCAGAAAUCUACGAACUAUGCCUCAUCGUGAUGCACAGGUCCCUGGUGGGAAUGGAUAAAUUCCUGGGCCAGAGUACCAUCAAUCUCAAUGAGAUUUUUGAUAACAAGGAGAGAAGGAAAACUGACUGGUACUCUUUGGACUCCAGGCCAGGGAAGAAGAGGAAGGAGAGAGGGAAGAUCCAGGUCAGCAUCCAGUUCAUGAGGAACAACAUGACGGCCAGCAUGUUCGACCUUUCCGUAAAGGACAAGCCCCGCUCGCCCUUCACUAAACUCAAGGACAAGCUGAAGGGUCGCAAGCACGAUGGUGGCUUCUCCGACACCUCCUCAGCCAUCCUGCCCCGCUCCGCCAUGUGUGACUCGGAGACCAUUCGCCAGCCCAGUGCUCCAGACCAUCAGCCCCAGCCAGAGCCCAAGAUCAAGAGACCCUUACUGGCCGGCUCCCAUAAGCUUUCCGCUGCCCACUCCAUGUCCGACCUCAUUGGCACCCACUUCCGCCCCAAGCUGGACUCUAUGAACUCGAUCGAGGAGCUGGAGAAAGGGAGUGGUGCCGCCCCUCACAGGCGCUCCCAGAGUGAGGUGCAAGGCUACCAGAACACAGAGGAACACUGUGACCCUUUUACUGAUAUCAGCGAUGGCCUGCCGCAGAAGUACGCCACCCUUCCUCGCAACCGCAACCCAUUUGAGGUGGAGCAGGGCCAGCUGUGGGACCAAGGGGAGAAGAAGGAGAAGAAGGAGAAGGUCAGCCUACUUGAACGUGUGACCGGGAAGAAGGAGGGACGCAAGACCGACGGGGGCCGUUCGGGCAGCUCUGGAGACCUGCGCUCGCCCAAUCCCUUCAACAGUGAGUCUCAGGGCGACAUCCAACCAACCAACCCCUUCAGCUCACACUACAAAGCAAGUGAUAAAAAGCCCACCAGCAAUGAAGACAUCCGGAAGGCGCGAGAGAAACAUGGCAAGAAAAAUGAGACAAAGCAGCCGAGCGUGGCCUCCUAUAGCAACUUGUCUUUUGACGAGGUGGUGCGCGAGCUCAUCAAGCAGAAGGAGGUGGUGAAAAAGAAGGACGCCCAUAUCCGUGAACUGGAAGACUACAUUGAUAACCUGCUGGUCCGCGUUAUGGAGGAUUCGCCGAGCAUCCUACGGACACCCUACGAGCCCAACAGGAAAGCGGGGAAAAUCUCAAAAAAUAAGUAGAGUCAAGGUAGAGGAAGGUCAAAAAUAGAGGCUUGUAGUAACAGUAAUGUCCCGUCCUAGCCAUUUAAAAAAAAAAAUAUUGUGGGUAUGGAACAAACAAUGAAGAGACGGGGGGGAUAGACCAAUGCCAAAUCGUUUUUGAAUUCUUUACAGUAACUGCAUUGAUGCAGCUUAUACUUUUUUUUACUAGGUUUUGUAUGCUGUGAUUUGAGUUCACACCAGUUUCCCCUGCAGAAUAUUAUUGUGGAGUGAAGUACAUCCGACGACAUAAAUAUUUGACUUGCAUUAUAACUAACCCCAUGGCUGUUCCAUUAUGAUCGGUCGACUAACCUCUGAAUCAGUUGCUCUGUUGAUCCACUCAUCCAUUUUAAUUUUAUACCUCCUGCUCUGUUGUUCGCAUGGCAUUCCUUUUGUUUUUCAAAUUCUGGCGAAUUGAAAGAAUGGGAAAUGACAUAAUGUAUCUCACAAAUUCAACAGAAUACCUUAGCAGAAACCAGUGGGAUUCAAAUUAGCUAUCACUGUGUUGACUAUGUUUACCAUUUAUUACGAGAUGUUGAAGAACAAACUAGUGGGGUUAUACCUAUGCCUGACUGUUUUCCCAAGGCUUUUAAUAGUGUAACCAUGGCAUACACUAUUAAAGGCCUUGGGGAAACGGUCAGGCAUGGUAUAACCCCACUAGUGCACUUUCUCACACGUAACAUGAAAAUCCCAGACAGCUUCUGGGGUGGUUGUUUGAACAUAGAACCACCAUCAAGCUAGAUUUACGUUUUUAACACUAAGGCUAUCUAGAUUUAAUUAAAUAUUUAAAGGAUGCACGUCUUCACCUCUCACAAAUCAGUUGUACUGAGAAAUUGCACGAUUUAGAUUUUUUUUUAAUAAUGUCCUCGAGCUUCUAGUAAAGACAGAAACAACUUCUCUGAUUUAUGACUGAACUAUGCCUCUUUUAGCCUCUUUAAGAGGCUAAAAUCUCUUGAUUUAGGUUGCCUUACUUUACUGACUUGUCCCCAUGGAGAAGUUUUGUUGCAGUGUCAUGUACACGUUUAAAUACAAAACAAAUUGACAAUACAACUUUCAUAACAGUU